GAUAUGUUUUGAGUCAGGUAUCGGGCUGAGUUCGGGUCAAGUUCGGCAUGGGCCGGACGUCUGAAACGGACCUAAACGAAACCAAACCCAGGUUCUCUCUCUUUCUGUGUCAUCAAAAUUUCACAAGUAAACCCCCCAACAAAAACCCUCAUUCAUCUUCAACCUCCAACUUUCUCCUCUCUUUCUCUCUCUCUUUAACAAUCAAAGCCAUAACAAUGGCGUCAAGGUUAACAAAGUCUCUUUCUUCACUUCGACUACACUCCGAUUCUCUCUCCUCCCUCAAGCGCCUCUUCUCUUCUUCAUCAUCAUCACCAAUUCGCCGCACUCCGCUUCUUCCAACCUUCUCGCGCGCAACUCAACCCCUUAGGUAUUUUGGGUCCAAUUCUGCAAUUAAUGAAGAAACUGCAGCUAACAUGAAAGGUCAGGCAUACUCGUUGGCUUCAUUGAACACUGGAUUUACCAACCAGCUGUGUGAAAACCGCAGAAUGUUUCAAGCGACUUCGUUCAUCUACAGAUCCUUUGCAUCUGCUUCAGAGUCAUCUCGACAGAAACAAACAGAGGGAAAGAAAGAUAUAUCCACAGUAGAAGAUCCUUUUGAUUCCCCUACAUAUCAUAUCCCAGAAAAACCUGUCACAUUUACGGAGGGUGCAUCCUACAGCAUCGUGAUUCUAGCAGGCCUUGGAAUAGCUGCUGUUGCCGCAUAUGGUGUCUUUAAAGAAUUAAUAUUUGAACCAAAAGAGUACAAAGUAUUUAACAAGGCGUUGGAUAGGAUUCAGAAUGAUAGUCAGGUUAGAGUGAGGAUUGGAUCACCUGUUAAAGGAUAUGGCCAGGAGAGCAGGAAUCGCGCUGCUCGCCAAAGGAUUCCACAUAGAGUAUGGACUGAUGAACAUGGGGUGGAACAUAUUGAGGUGAAUUUUUAUAUUCGUGGUCCUAGUGGGAAUGGAAAAGUCUAUUGUGAGAUGUUCAAAGACAAGGAAGACAAUCAGUGGAAAUACAUGUAUAUGAUUGUUGACAUACUCCACCCUUCUCAAACAAAGUUGAUCUUGGAAUCAUUUCUCCCAGCUUGAAAGUACCAGCAGGUAUGCUUGGCAAGAUGAGGCACUUUUAUUUUUCAAUUUUUGCCUGCGGAACAUGUUCAUGUGAGUCACAGCUUGGUUUUUCCCACCCAAAAUUUAUAAUUCGAGCCCCUUUGCCCUAUCAGCUCUGUGUAAUUACUAGUCCAAGAUUUAGUAGUGCCUGAAGAAAAGUACGAGUAUAAAUAUUUGGCUAACUGCAACUUCUAAGAAUUGUUAACAGUAGCCAUGUACCUUAUUAGUGAAGACUGAAGAGUGAAUUUUCUGAUGUUUUUGUUAAAGUGACAUGGUUACUGCAAGGGUUGGCGCUUUCAUACUUCCACAUUCAUGAAUCUUGACUUAAUUUACUCGUCGUAGUACAUUGUUUAGUGUUUUUUCCAAUCCUGAACACAGCAUAUUAUCGAGUCUGAUACAGUUGUCCAGUAAGUGGUUUAUUUUCGCUAUUAGUUGGGAAGAUAGAAGCCUUUUGUGGCUGAAUGUGUUUUGAUGUGGCUGUCUAUUGGGAAUGAUUUAUUACUCGUAUAAUCUUUGAGAUGUAGAUCAAUCAAAACACAUCAGGAAUAACUGAAUUGUAAUCAUCAGGAUAUUGACCAGUAUCAAUGUAUUAAGAAUGAAUGCUUGUAAUGUUGGAUGAGAAUAAAUCUUCAAGAUAUUGAUCAAUUGCAACAUAUCAGAAAUA